AUGUUCAUACAAUGAGGGUCUGUGUAUUGUAGUUCCGCUAUUGCCUCGGUGCACCACACGGACAAACGAUUGUCAAUGGACUAUGUGAGACGGAUUUCAAUCGGUUUAUGCAACGGCUUCCUGCGCUUCGGCUGCGUGGUUUUUGACUUGUAGUUUGCCACCAGAUCCCUUUUAUCCGGAUGGAAAGAGAAAGACAGAGAGAACGGACUAAUUUCCAAACAAAAAUGCCGUGAGUCUUGAAGUUUAGUGGAUUUUGUGUGUCUAGCGGUUCUGCUCUUUUAGCGACCAAUCGCUCACUUUGAAUAUAUAGUUGGAAGUCGUACUCUUUUCUGACUAUUUAAUAAGUAUGGCACAUUUGAGAUAAAGUAAGCCGACCGUGUGCCAGGGAUCUAGGCUACCCAUCGAUGAAACUGAAGUUGUGCGUGCUAUGGUUUUGAAUCAUCCAAGGGAUUCAUAUUGAAUAUAAUUUAUCUGUGAGCAGAGGUCGAGUCGUUAAGCAAGAGCGGAUUCAUUCCAGCUGUGAGUCUUGUGUGAGUCUUUCAUGUUUGUAAAUCAUUUCAGUUUUAAUUAUAAGCUGACAUAGUAACACCCCUGAGGAAGAAAUCACGAACACAAUUCUGUAACAUUGGGACUUUUGAAUGCCUCUGGAACAUAGUCUGAGUUUAUGCUGACCUAAUCUUACUUUAUAGGCAAGAGUUUUUUUAUCCUCCAACCUUAUCACUAUAACAUUUCCAACUAGUUUGAAGAGAUCAUUGUGCACCAUAUCUUUAAACAGAUAUUAUCGGCUACAUCUCUCUCUUAAGUGACUUUGUGCGUGCAGUGUAGUAUUUUUCUUUCCACAUGGGAUCAUAGCUGAGUGCAUACGUCUUGUGUUCUUCCAUGCCCGUACUGUGGUCCAUUAUAAGCUCAGUGGACCUCAGUCUCGAUAAACUUGUCGGGGACCUGCGGGCAUGGGAGAAGCGACCCCUGCUCAGUCUGCUGCAGGGCCAUUCGUACCCAUGUUGGGUGUCGGUUUAGGAAAUAUGCCCGGUGGAGUCGGCAAUGGCCCGGUAGUCGCCACCUCCAGAGGCUCCGCGGUGCCACAGCUACACAACGCCAUUGUGGAGCGUUUGCGCGCCCGCAUAGAGCUGUGCAGGAGGCACCACUCCACCUGCGAGAACCGCUACCAGAGGGGUCAGGCCGAGACCUCGGACCGGGAGCAUGAGAGCACGCUUCACCUGCUCAACAUAGUCCAACAAGGGCCUGGGAACCGAAAGGCAAAGGGCAGCCGGGGAUCGAACCAGCAACCCCCAGAGUACAGCAGGGCCAACGGAGAGCAAAAGGGCUCAGAGGGCGAACAGAAGAUUUCCACACGCAUAGCGCUUCAAGGAUCAUUGCGAAGGAAGAUCGAGGGACAUGCACCAGGUCAUGCACCAAAGCAGAAUGGGCUCUCCUGUGGUUUCUCUGGAUCAGACUUUAAGCGGGUCCGUGUGGAUGCCAGUGGUCUGGGACAUGGCUCCUGCAACCAUAACUUAACACAGUCUCAUUCUCUGCAAGGGUCCUCAACCAUGGCCAUGCAGAGGAAGAAUUACAUGAUGCCCCAUGGAGUGGGGUCAGACAUAUUCAACAUGACCCUGAAAGAAAUGAAGAAAGAGCCCAUUGAGGUCCAGUCUUGUGGCCAGUCAAAUGCAGAGAUGAUUUUUGACUUCAAAGAUGAAGGUGGUGGUCAGAUUGAUCCAGAUCUCCAGGAUCUUUUUGAUGAGCUGACAAAGACAGUGCCAACGCUGAAUGACCUGGAGUUUGAGAAGAUGCUGAAGCAGGAUGAUACAUUCGGUUUGGAUCUAGGUCGGCCAAGCUCAGCAGGAGCAGCUGCCAGUCUGUGUUCCCCAAUGGAGAGGCCAAUAAAGAUGGAGCACUCCCCAGAUUUUGGCCAGGUUCAUGGUGGUUCGCCACAGCUUCGACCAGCCUCAGCAGGACCCUCUUUCACGCUGACCAGCACCUCUUCUACCACCACGUCACAGAAAGCUAACACACAGGCAGGGCAGCCCAGAGCCAUGCCAUGCUGGCCAGAAAUAUCCCACGCAGAGCAGCUGAAGCAGAUGGCAGCCAACCAGCAGCAGCCAAGCUCUCUGCUUCAUCACCAUCACACAACACCACCUGCGGGAUUGACCAGCUGGGCUCCUGCCAUGAGCACCCACUCCUCGACCAGCGCCUUUCCCCAGGACAAGGUCUCCAGCCCAGCCCCGCUUAGCCAGCAGAGGAUUGGCUCCCAGAGUAAAGGCAUCAACAAUUGCCUCUUCAAGUCAAAUGGCCACAAUGGCUCCCAUCAUUUGGACAUGAAGGUUCUCAGCACCAAGCCCACGUUGCACUUCAGCCCCAAAGCGCCCCAUUCUGCCAGCCAGCCGAUGCCUAUCAUGGCAAGCUCAGUGAAUAAGACUUCAGCCCAGCAGCAGCAGCAGCAGUCACCAUCGACUGGCCAGAAUCAACCACAUUCAGCUCUCCACUUCCAGAACCAACAGAUCUCCACGUCAGGGGGUCUCUGUCUGCAACCCAAGUCUGUUCCCGCAGGGCUGCCAUUCAAACUGUCACAACAGCGACAGGUUGUUCCUCCCGGUCCAAGGCUACCCACCAAUGGAAACUUAAGAGUCAUGUCAGCCCAGUCGCAGCCAAGGCCCCCAGCACCCAACAACCAGCAGAAAGGCCCCGCCAAAACUCCGGCCAUGCAGAGACAGCUUAACCAGCACACCAUUAGCAAUUCAGACAAAGACAAUGCACAUGAUCAGUUCAGUCGUCAUCUCACAAGACCACCACCUGAUUACAAGCAGCCAAGAAGUAUGGUGGGAGUUCAAGGAAACAUCUUCACAGGUCAAAACUCCUCCCAGGCUUCCAGCAAUGGUCCUGAGAAUGACCUACAGUCCAUGUCUUGUCACCUCCCAAGUGGGUCAGGUUCAAAGAUGAGUCCUUCACCAUCGGACCGCAGAUUUGGUAUCGGGACUGACUGUCAUCCAAGUUCUUGCAUCGGCCAAUUCCAGCAGCAUAACAAUCAGAAUCGAAUUGGACUAAAUCAAAAUAAAGCUAGGUUCCUAGGGCCAAACACACACGCAAAUUCUUUUGGGAUGAACAAUGUAGCAGGUUCACAGCACCCAAGAACAACCGCUGAUAUGCACGCCUCAGCGGUACCGGGACAGGGUCUCGGAGGCUUGAUGAAAAAUGUCAAUAUGGGCUGGGGCUCAACCAACAAGCAAGUAACAACUGGACUCGGUGUUAGGCGGCUACCCAAUCCACUACAGUCUCAGGGUGCGCAGCUGGACAUGCCAAACCAUCCAUACCAACAAAGGCACAUUGGCCCUCCCAACCAGGUAGCACCAGACAUUGGGAUGCUCCCUCAUAACCCUUCGAUAAGAGACACAGGCCCAAGACCGAGCCAGCCGAUGAUGGGCUCUCCAUCAGCAGUGGGGAACCUGAACCAGGCCUCUCCUGAACAGAGGGUACCAGCAGGCAACUUUGCAGAGCCCAGUCCCAGCUCUAGCAGCUACCAGAAUAACCGGGCCAACCGUCUGACCUUUGACUUCCUCCCUGAGGGAGACAACACAGUUCCAGGGAUCAACACAGACUCAGACUUCAUAGACUCUCUGCUCAAGUCUGGCUCUGGAAAUGAUGAUUGGAUGAAAGAUAUAAAUUUGGAUGAGAUUCUGGGCAGUCACUCAUGAAUUUGGGUCACAGGUUGCUAAAAAUUGACCCACGGCUCGAUUAUAGAGGUUAUGGAUGUAAGAUGUAAGGGGUUAUGUUUUUUAAAUAAUGUUAAAAUGGAAUUUUAUAAACUCAUAUUAUUUGUUAUCCAAGUAUACUGUAUUGUUUUGUAUUGUAUUUACUGUGAAAGGAAUUUGUGUUCUGUCCUUAGUACUCAGCAUAUUUUAUUCCUGGUAUAUUGGCCAAGAAACUGCUUUUCUUUGCAGUCACUGUUUUUGUGGUCUGUUUGUCAUACUCAUGCUGUAGUGCUGUUGUAUAGGAUCAAAUACCAAAUUCACACUGUGAAAAGAAAACAUUGCUGUGUCGCUUUCAAGUUCAUCUUGAUACUCCAAGUUAAGUUUCUAAAUCUGCAUCCACUAUUUAGCAUGAUAUGGUAUUUACUUUCAGCUACCAUACACACAGUGAAUCUUGCCACAACAGAUGUUUUCUUACUUAUUGUUCAAGCUUUUUAAUCUGUGGUAGUUUUUGAUGCAAUUUAAAUAAUGUAACCAUUAGUUGUUGUUUUUUUUCAUGUGAUAUUUAAUAAUUAUUGGGAUAGUAAUGAAACAUUAUAAUACAUGUAAUUAAUAAAAUUGAUUUGAAUAAAUGAAUAAAUAUUAA